AUGUCAGCAGCACAGAGAAGAUGCCAGACGUUACUAUUACGCAGCAUUGCUCAGGGUAUCGACUGUCUGGCAACUACACCAAAGGAAGAUGAUGAGACCGGCCCGAAGCAUGCACAGCAGUCCAGGACGACCAAUGACUCCGUCAAGACAGGCAUGCAGGCAUUUCAUGAAGCCGGGUGGACGCGCGAGGCCGUGAUGAAUGUCCCCAAUGCCAUCUCAAUGGCGCGGCUGAUCAGCGGCCCCUUUGUGGCCUACUUCAUCCUGCAGGAGCAGUGGGCAGCUGCUCUGGGCUUACUGGGGGUGGCGGGCGCAAGUGACUGGGCGGAUGGGUAUGCAGCAAAGCACUACGGGCAGAGCUCUGUGCUGGGCUCCUACCUGGACCCCCUGGCUGACAAGGUGCUGGUGUGCUGCACUGUGGGGGCACUCGCUCAGCAGGGCUCUCUGCCAGUGGCACUGGCAAGCAUCAUCAUUGGCAGGGACAUGCUGCUGGUGACUGGGGCAUUUGUGGAUAGAGUCAGUAAGGUGGGCAGGAAGGGUGUGGGAUGGGCCGAAUUUUUCCGGCUAGGCCCUGGUGUAGCAUCUUCUGGCGAUACCGACAAGAGCUUCGAAAUCACUGCGGACAUUCCAGGGGUCGACAAGGGGGACGUUGUCUUGACUGUGGAUGGGGAUGUGCUGAGGAUUGCAGUGAACCAGGAGGAGGUCAAGGAGGAGCCCGGUGUCCGGGUGGAGCGCACUCGCCGCUUUGUGGAGCGCCGGAUCCGCCUGCCUGACAGCGCUGACCCCAGCAAGAUCUCAGCUGCCUAUGACAAUGGGGUCCUGAAGGUCACAGUUCCCAAGCGCGAGGGUGCAGCACAGCAGCAGCAGAUCAACGUGACCUGA